UCAACUAUGCGUUAAAUGACCAGAUGCAGGAUUUUAGAGUUAUCCGCUACCUCGUCCAUUACCCUCUUAAAUUCUCCUCCUCUUAAAUAUUACAAGCAUAAAUAGAUAUGGAGGAGAUUCGCCGCGCUGCUGAAGCUUAUUAUAAACAUCUGCCCGAGGAGAAGAAGAAAUCGGCCCGGGACACUUUCGAAGCCAUGGAUGAGAACGAAGACGGGAAAAUUAGCCUGCGUGAAUACGUGGACUAUCUCAAGAAAAAUAACAACACGGUUUUCACUCAUCCAAGCUUGUUUACAGCGCUGGACAAGGACGGCAAUGGAAGCUUGGAUUUUGAGGAAACAAUCGUCUUGUACUACAUCAUGCAGAGUGGAAGAGCUCUAAUUUGCCAGUCUUGUAAUACGUUCUUGGCAGACGUAUACUUCAGCUGCAAUCAAUGUUUCUGUCUUGAUGAGUCACCUAGCACCUAUGAUCUUUGUUGUGAUUGUUAUGGUGGAAAAAGUUUCACUCACCACGAUGAUGCCAUCUUCUGGGAUAACUAUACUUUACUGAGUCGAAGCAGGAGCUUGGCACUAAAAGCUCCCGAACAGAAUCGAAGAAAUGUGCUUCGAAAAAUUGGAACCAUAGUGGAAGUUACAAGCAUGGCUGUUGCUUUAGGCUGUAGCAUCAUGUGAAAGAACGAAUGGUGCAUUUUAUCGUCAUUGUGUUUCAAUUUUAUUAGAAGUUUGUGAAGGGUGAAACGUGAAUAGCUUGCUUGUGGAAGACUAUUAUUGAUGAAGUAAUGAAAAACUUCGGACUAGAUUGAACUUUUCACGAGCUAUGAUCAUUAGCUAUUUUGUUUGAAGUUAUAGGAUUGUUAAAUGGUUGUUUGUGAUUUACUAAAUUUGUUGUAUAAGAGCUUGUGAUUUCUUCUUGAAUUAUUGUAUGUUUACUUGUGGUCGUUAA